AUGUCCGAAAAGAAAGAGCAAGUAAAGCCCUUAGCUCCGGCAGCCCACCGCGUCGACAUCGACGACUACGACCGCUCCAACGCCUUCCCAGACGAGCUCGGCCCGCUACUCUGCCGCCGGCGCCAGAGGUUCAUCAAGCUUUGCGGCUGCUCCUCCGCGAUCCUCUUAAUCGCGUUCACGGUCGUGCUAGUGCUCAUGUUCACAGUCUUACACGUCAAGAUUCCGUCGCUAAAGGUGAAUCCCGUCACCGUGGAGGGCGUCGCCGAGCUUAACGGCACAUUGGGCUUCGGGCCGGGCCGUAACUUGACGUUCGGGUUCGGGCUUGAGGUCAAGAACCCGAACGUGGCGCCGUACCGGUUUGGCAACGUGGCGACAUUUUUGUACUACGGCGGAUCGCUGGUGGGCCAGGCGGAAGGCCCGGCGGGGGAGGCCCGGGCCCGGAAGAGGGUUCGUGUGGAUGUUAGGGUGGUAGUUAUGGUGGAUAAAAUUAGGGAAGUUGAAAGAUUAAAGGGGGAUUUAAGCGUUGGAAUUUUGAGUAUUAGUAGCUAUAUGAAGGUUAGUGGGAAGGUGAAGAUUACGCAAGCUAUUAAAAAGAAUUUGGUUAUAGCCAAAUUGAAUUGCACCAUGAAUUUGAUUGUGAGGACGCAGGGAAUUCAAGAUUUGAAUUGCCACUGA